AUGGCAGAACCUGUACAGGACUCUUUCAAUACAGAAACACUCACAAAGUCCUUAGAUGACUCGGCUAAACCGUCGGAAAAGCAGCCCCAUGAACAAGUUGUAACGCCCUGGGACGUCCAGGGAGGUGUCACAGAGGACGGAAGACAGACAGGAAUCGAUUACAACAAGCUGAUCGUUCAAUUCGGCACGCGGAAGAUAGACGAAGCCCUCUUGGAACGCUUCGAGAGACUUACUGGGCACAAGCCCCAUGUCUUCCUUCGCCGGGGAAUGUUCUUCUCCCAUAGGGAAUUUGACAAGAUCCUCGAUCGCUACGAGCAAGGGAAACCCUUUUUCCUCUACACCGGCCGAGGUCCCAGCAGCGACAGCAUGCACCUUGGGCAUAUGGUCCCUUUCGUUUUCGCAAAAUGGCUUCAAGACGUUUUCGAAGUCCCUCUAGUGAUCCAACUUACUGAUGACGAAAAAUUCCUCUUCAAGCAUGAAUUGAAGCCUGAACAGACCAAGCAGUUUUCGCGACAAAAUGCAAAGGAUAUCAUCGCCUGCGGUUUCAAUCUCGAGAGAACUUUCAUCUUCAGCAACUAUGAGUUCAUGGGGGGCCCUUUCUACGAGAACGUCUCCAGGAUCUCUCGCCAGAUCACCUAUAACCAGGUCCGGGCGACCUUUGGUUUCAACGACUCGGAUAACAUCGGCAAAAUACACUUUGCUUCCAUUCAAGCUGCGCCUUCAUUCUCCAACACAUUCCCUCAAAUAUUCGGAACGGACUCCAAGGUCCCAUGCUUGAUUCCCUGCGCAAUUGACCAGGAUCCGUACUUCCGACUCACGCGAGAUAUCGCACAAAAACUGAAAUACCCCAAACCCACCUUGCUGCACUCCAAGUUUUUCCCUGCCUUGCAGGGACCACAGACCAAGAUGAGCGCCAGUGAUCCUAACAGCAGUAUCUUCAUGACCGAUAAACCCAACCAAAUCAAAAACAAGAUCAAUAGGCAUGGUUUCUCUGGCGGAAAGGAGACGGAGGAAGAACAUCGUCGACUUGGUGGUGAUACCGAAGUUGACGUCGCAUACCAAUACCUAACCUUCUUCCUCGAGGAUGACGAGGAGUUGAAGAGGAUUGGAGAGGAAUACCGGGCAGGCACCCUCUUGACGGGCCAAUUGAAGGCCAGGUGUAUCGCCAUCUUGCAGGAAUUCGUAUCUUCCUUCCAACAGCGACGCGCUGCUGUCACCGACGAUCUCGUCGAUGCGUUCAUGGAUCCCAAGAGGCAGAUCGCACCGACAAUCGGAAAGUGCAAAGUUCCUGCGGAGCCCAAGGCUUAG